AUGAUGGCGGGCUUGCGUGCACGGAGCAUGAUGAGGGUCGCCGCCAUGGCGCCGUCGCUACUGCUGCUGCUUAUGGCGGUGGCGGUGGCACCAAUGGGUGUGCAGGCACAGGCGCAAACGCUGAUGGCUGUGGAGCAUGUUGGCCUUCCGUCUGAGCAGCCUGCGCGGUACAGCAACGCGUUUGAUGAGGCCAGCCUGCUGCAGAAGAUCCUCGACAUUGAAGCGCGCGCGUGUCAGGAGGCGUGUUUGGCCAUGGGCGAGUGCAAGGCCAUGUUCCACUACAGGCUCACGUCGGGCUCCACGCGCUGCCACCUGCUCAGCAAGACCGGCAGCCCUGCCGCGACGGGCCUCGUGUCCACGAGCGCAGUCAAGAUUCCACAGAACCAGGUGUCCUUGCGGUGCAACUCCUUCAAUGACCUGAACAAGGCCUGUGUCUCCGGGUGCGCCGUUGGGCGCUGCUUCUUCUCCACGUGCAUCGUCAACUCGAACAGCCGACCCCUGGUGGACGGCACGACAUGCGCCAACGGCGACAACGAUGGUGUCUGCAGCCAAGCUGUUGACUGGAGCGCAGCACCGAGUUUGAUUGGAUACUCCGUGACAGCCAGCGGGUCAAACGCCGAGAACGAGCAUCUGCGGUUCUCAACCGCAUUUGACGCUACAAAGAUCUUGGCCAAGUUGACCGGCGUGGCUUCCUUUGAAGCGUGCACCAAGGCGUGCGAUGCAGACCCAGAUUGUGCGGGCGUGUUUGCGUGGGAGCAUUCAAGUGAUCUUCUCGGGCUGGAGUGCCGCUUGCUGUCGGACACCGGCACCCUCAUCCCCACGAGCACCACCUCCUUCAGCUUGUCCAAGGCCGCCACGUCACGGUUCGACCUGCACUACAUUGGCACCGGUGCAAACGAGGCCACGUCCCGCCGUUUCUCCACAGCGUUUGACGCCGCGCACGUGCUGUCCAAGUUUAAUGACGCGACGGCAGAGGACUGCGCACGCGCCUGCGUUGCUGAUCCAGCGUGCGCUGGCUUCGUGCAGGUUGACUUUGGCUCUACGCUCCAGUGCCGCACCCUGGAUGACCUUGGUGUUGAUGGCGGCGUUCCCACCACCACCCUCUCCCUCAGCUACGCGCUCAGCACCUGA